AUGUUGACAGGUCUAAGGACGCCCUAUAGUAGUAGCAAGCGCAGCACCAGCUUUUUACACCAUCGCAAUUCCUCAUUUUCAACCAAUGCAACUGGCGAUGAACUACUGGAUGGAGACUUCCAGGACUUGGUAGAUCAGCUAGAUGCUGAGGAGUUUACUGCUGUGGGCGCUGCUUUGCAGUCGGAUUGGAGAAAUAUUGACUCUAGAACUGCUCUGAAUCAAUCAACAUCAAACAAGUCAAAUCUAGUCUUUGGACAGGACGAACUAGAUCUAUUGGAUGAUGCAGAAGGUCCUAAUCCUAAUAUCGACAAAAACAAUGAUCCUAAUGAUGGAGCUAGUGACGUGGAACGGGCAAUCCAGAAUAUUCAAAAUAUGGCUAUUGACAACAACACUAGCAGGGUCUUGGAUCACGAACAAGAUCUAAACGGUGAAGACGACGAUGAUACUCAUUUGGGAAACUUUUCUAGAUUAGAAGGUCUCACAGAUCUAGAACUUACAGAGUAUGGAACUGUCGGCAAACAUCCCAACGAUCACGACUCUAUAGCUAGUGACCAAGAAAUAGAUGACGCAGGCCGCAUAGAUGCCAAUCAUGAUAAUGCUGCUACAAACUCGUAUUUACCAACAUCACACCCAAACCCAUUCGAAUGGGCUCAAUACCAAGAUGAUGAAUACGAUUCACCACUACAACAACAGGACGAACAAGACCAGCAGAACCACGGAGAUUCUCCUGUUAUGAGCGAAGACUCGCCAGGUGGACUCGUAGGUGGUAUGAAUGGUAUCGAUGAUAUAAACGGAACGAAUGGAAUCAACGGUAUCAACGACCAUCAACCUAUAAACCAUGACUAUGAGGAUGUGCAUCCGCUGCUUCAGACUCAGCUAUACGGCAAGCUCGUAAAUACACCUACUCCAGCUCCGUAUAUGCUAGCUAGAAGAGCUCUCGCACAUCAACAUCAACCGAUAAUAUCAGCAGCAGGAGCUACUCAAACCGAAUCGGCAGAUAUCUAUUCCAGUACUCCUAGAUCUGAUUACGCACCAACAACGGCGUCAUCGUCGUUCGCUCAUGAUACACCUGGACAAUUCGAUCAGAUGGUGGAAGAGAUGAGAAAUGAGUGUAGGAGUCUCAAGGCUUUGAAUGAGAGAUUGCUCAAUGCCAACGAGGAGUUGAGAACUAGCCAAACCAAAUCAACGCUGGAACAUGAGGCAUCAUCCCAACAGACUCGGAAAGAGUUUGAAGGCAUGUUGCAAGCCUUGCAGCGGUCAGAGGAGGAUCGCAGAUCUCUUCUACAGAAACGUAUUGAGCAACUGCAACAGGAUCUACAUCAUUCCAAAGCUAGUGCUUCUCAACUAGCAUCAAUCCGUGCAACAAUGGAACGAGAAAAAGAAUUGGACAUCCUAGAAGUCAAAAAGGAGGUCAUGUCUCAAAAAGAACGUCAAUUGCAGGAGAUUCGACGUGAAAUGCAACGAGACAAAGAGGAAAUGCAACAACGUCUGAGAGAAGAUAUUGAACAUGAAAAGGACGAACGAGCAGCUGAAAGAAGGCGGCUCGAAUCAGACUUGGCACGUACGAAACGACUGGUAGAACAAAAGGAAGAAGAGAUUAGAAGUAUGGAACAACGUUUGAUUGAACGUGAACAUGCAGUAAUGAGACGUCCUGUCUCUCUGGAAGUAGCCACACAGGUGGAUAGUCAGCCCGACAUCACUAGUAAUGAUUUAGCAUUCUUAAAUCGUGAAUUGGAUACCCUUUUUGGUGCCGAUAACGCUGCUUCCAUCAGAUCUUCGACGGGAUUUAAUGAUACUCUAGUUACAAACCGAACUCGUCGUCUUAUUGAUCGAUGCCGUGCAUAUGUCGAAUCAACAGAACAGGCCAUCUUACAGACACGGGGUGAUUUAGCUCAUGCACUGAAUAAGGAUCGACGAGAUCAGACUGAAGCUGCCCGUGAGCUUACUGCUAAACUCGAAGAAAGGCAUCGUAAAUCUAUACAGGAUGUCACGAAUGCUCAUAAUGCGGAAGCUGAGAGUAUCAAGGCUAGAUAUGAAGCCCUUGUUGCCGAGCUAAGGAAGAAGGCUGAUGAUGCACGUUUCCAGCUUCAUAGUCUUACCAGUAACCAACAGGCCGCUGCUAGCUCUAGUCCAAAGCCAACCACCAUUGACGAAUUGGAAACCGCCUUCCCGAGUUUGAUCAGUCGUCUCAAGUCCAGCUUGACGAAGCAGCACGAGUCUGAGACCGAUGCACUACUAGCUUCGGCUGAGAAUCGACGGCUUCGAGAUGUAGCUGAAGCCAAACAAUUAGCAUCAGAAGAAGCCGAGCGCACUACCACGAAGAUACGUGAACGGUGUGCUAAAGCUUACGAGACAGCCGUCACGAGACUGAAGGAAGAGUAUGUCAAAGUAGAAGCUCAACUACGCGACAAAGUGGGAGGUGAUUUCAAGCAGGAACGUGAUGCUUGUAGGCACGAGGGCCGUGAAGAGGGUAGAAGGCAAGCCCGAGAAGAGGCUAGAAGGGAUGUUGAAGGUGAUGUUACUCGUCUACGGCAGAAGAUUAUUGAGCUUGAAAACAUGACUUCCGAAUUGAAUCAAGCUCACCAACGAGCAGUAUCAGAGAUCCAAGCUAGAUUAGAAGCUGAGCAUCGUGAAGCUCUUAAUCAGACAAGGCAGCAAUAUGUCUCAACAUUACGAACUAUGAGAGAUGAUGUCGCUGCCAGUAAACAACGUGGUGUUGAUCGAUUAGAAGAUGAAUGGAGGAAGAGGAAGGAGAGGAUGGAGCAAGACUGGCAAGCAAGGUUGGACGACUUGAAAAAGCAGUAUGAACAAGAACUUCGCCCACGUGGUGCUCGAUCUUCUUCCCCUUCAAGAAUUUCCUCAUCGAAUAGGCAAGCAUCUAGGUCUACAAACAUAGUAGCACCCGCGACAACAUCCAGUAGCUCUCGUCCCCGUAAUCUAGAUCACGAUGAUUUGAGACUCAACGGUAAUGAUGUAAAGUAUCGAUCCGAAAGUCAUCACUAUUCGUCGACUCCGUCAUCCCAGCAUGACAAGAAUUUCAAGUCGGGACUUGAUUUUGAUGAUCGAUUUAAAGAUAUUGGACUUGGUUAUGGUAGCAGCAGCAGUAGUGGUAAUGCUGCUCAUAUUAGGCAUUCGAGAAGUACUGGAAGUAGGACCACAACGAGCAGAAAGACUUGA